CCUCGCCACAUCGCACACACGCACACAGCGGACGGAACGGGACGCAAUGGCGAGGUUUGUCGACUGGGCCUUGGAGGAGCGCAAGCUCCAAGGCGUGUAUGAGGACAUACAGAUGGGCCGCGUCGAGGCGGCGCACGACGCCGCCGAGCGCUGGCUGACGCGCAACCCGCGCUCGCAGCCCGCCCUCGUGAUCCGCAUGGUGCUCUGCGAGAAGCGGAAACGCGGGACCCGCGCCGUGCUCGCCGCGUACGACGACGUGCGGGCCACGGGGCCGCUCUCGGGCCGCAGCGUGUGGUGGAUCGCGCUGACGCUGCGGAAUAUCCGGCGCCCCGACCUCGUGCUCGCGCUGUAUCAAGGGAUAUGGGACGCGCGGCCUACGAUCGCCGAGCUGGGGCGCGAGGUCUUCUUCUCGGCCGCCGCGAUGGGGGACACGGAGACGAUGGCGGCGACCUCGCGCAAGCUGUUCAACGCGACCAAGUCGCCGGCAUGGGCGCGCCUCGCGGCCUUCUCGGCGUGGGCGCACCAUGCCCCGGCGCCGAGCGACGCCCAGCCGUUCCCGCUCGCACCGGCGCGCACACUGCUGCCGGCGGCGCUGCUGCUCCGGACAGCGGGCGACGAGGUCGCGACCCCCGACACGCUGUGGCUUGGGCUGCAGAUCGCCCUCGGCAGCGGCGACGUGGCCGACGCGUGGCGGCUGGUCCGGGACGAGGGCCGCAAGGGUGCGCUCGCGCGCCGCUGGGUCGGCAUGGAGGCUGCCAAGGUUGUUGGGGAGCGCGGCGGCGUCGACGACGUGUGGGACGACGAGAUUGACGCGACGGUGCGGCUCCUGCGCCACGACGCAGAGUCGCAGCACAACUACGCGUACUACCGCCAUAUUCUCGCGUGCUUCGCCAAGCUGCCCAGUGCCGAGGUUGCUGCCGAGGUCGCGGGGCUGUUUGGCGACCUCGAGGCCCGUAUCGGCGGCAAGGAGCGCGCGCCGCUCCUUGCGCUCCUCGAGCUGGACGACACGCUCCGCAGGCUCCAGGUUGCUGGGGCGGCGCCGCUCGAGCAGCCGGCGUGGGAGGACGCCGUGCGGCGAUACCUCGCCCGCUGGGGCAGCAAGGGGUCGACCAUCACCGAGCUUGUCGGCGUUGCGGGCGAGCGGCUGCCGCGCGUCGUUGAGAUUGUCAAGGAGGUGACCGCCAAGCCGUACGCCACGGAAAAAGAGUACCUCGCGCGCUCGGUCGCCGAGCAGUUCCUCCUCCGCCAGCAUGGCGAGGAGUGGGCUCCGACACUGGCGGACGCAGAGGCGUACUGGGCGUUGUACCUCGACGGGUUGCAGUACGGCAAGAACCUGCCCAAGACGGAGCUGCAGCCUGCCGACCCCAUGGGGCUUGCGGCGGUGCAGGUGCUGCUCAAGCAGUGGCAGGGUGCGCCGGCCGACGACGCACCGCUGCUGAGCGCGGCCGCGCUGCUCGAGUACAUCGUGUCGCGCUCACCGUCGUCGUUCGCGGCGCGCUUCACCCUCGUGCGCGUGUACCGCCUCCUGCGUGCGCCAGCGAUGUACAUCGCGCAGCUGGACAAGCUGGGCCUGUCCGAGAUCCAGCUCGACAACCUCGCCCAUGUGAUGAUUGAGCGCGGCGGUGCGCUCGAGGCGCGUAUCGGCGGCGCGGCAAAGCAGUGGCAUGAGAUGUCGACCAAGGCCGCGCUCAUGUACCAGCGCAGCGCUACCGACCUGCCAGAGUACAUCAAGCAGGCGCUCGACAACGAGUCGUACAGCAAGGUCCCCGGCAUCCGCACGCUCAUCAACUGCCUCGAGUCGUCGUUCACCGCGCGCGCGCUGGACGUCGAGGAGCUCGGCCUGGCGUUGGUCACUGGCACCGAGAUCCCCGAGGACAACCUCGACCUGCUGACGGCCGCGCUGGCGAAGGAAGCGCCGUUCAUCGAUAAUCGCAACUACGAGCUGCUGGUUGACAGUCUGGUCGACGGCCCGGCGCCACAGCCACGGGUUACCGAGGCGUGGGUGCGCGCAUAUGGAACACUGGGACUGCGCGUUGCGCGAUACGUCCGCGGCGAGGUCGAGCCGUCAUUGCCGACGCCCAAUCUUGAGGCACUGUCCGACGUCGACCAGGCGUACUACGCUGCGAUUGACGCCGUGUUGAGGAGAGCGACGGCGACGGGCGAGGGCGAGGAGACCAGCUCGCUGGCUGGCGUCUUUGAUGCCAAUAUCAAGCUGGUACACCAGCAGACCACGCCGUGGGCGCGGUGGAACGCUCUCCUCACCCUUGGACAGCUUGUCCGCACCAUCGACGCGAUCGCCAAGCGCGUCGGCGAGGCAGCCAAGGGCAAAGGCAAGAAGAAGCCUACACCGCUCACGGCCCUCGCCAACGACCUCAAGACGGCGCGCGACGGCCUCAAGGGCAAGGUGGACGACGUAGUGCGGCUAGUCGAGCUAGACGCCAAGCCCGACUGGACGCAGGUCGGCAAGGGAUUCAUUGAGGACCAGGCGUUUGUCGCCGCCCUCGGACGCAAGAUUACCGCUGCGCGCUCCGAGCAGCUGGCAUCGGGUGUGAGGAAGCUGUUUAGUGGCAAGCAGCUGUGAACAUAGAGCAAGGCAGGCAGGCGUUAGCAUAGCAUGGG